UGGAUCGACACAACGCUGAGGGCUCACUUCAGUUGAGUUUUUGUCGGCCAUUGCAGGGCCAGCGAACACGACCCGGUCCCAACGAUUUGGCUCGACAGCUCUGGGCGCAGGCCGCACGGCCGCCCGUCUGUAGGUAUACUCCGUAUCUACUGAUUGUUAUCUCCCGUCCAGCCAUGCAGCCAUGCGGCCAGCCAUGUUGUGUCGACUCUGGUGCCGACCAUCGGCCAUGGCGACUCGUCAGCUUACCAUAAGAAUUAAGGUCGGCCUUGUAGAACGAGCAGGAAGAGACUGAAAGAAAAGACCAAGACACCGACCAGGAGACCAGGAGACCAGGAGACCAGGAGAGAAGCACGAGCUAUUCUUGACGGAUCUUGGCCACCCUCCCGAAUCCCCCAGGCCAACCAGCCAGCACGACAGCACUCCCACAACUCCCACACACACGCACCCACAGAUCCUUGACCCCAAUCCGGGGCCCAUCCUGCGCCAACUCUUGGGCACCAAGUCAAACCCGCCCGCCGGCCAACGCACACGACUCGGCCGGGCUCGUCUGGCUCGUCUGGCUUGUCUGUCUGGCUUGUCUGGCUUGACUUUCUUGUCCACCCCCGCCAAGUUUUACGUACAGGCUGUCAAUCCUGUGGGUUCCCAGGCCUGCCACGCGGGGGAAAGAGGAACGGGCAAGGAAAACUCAGGCUGUUGUUGGCUGGGUCGUAAAAGGCAAGGUGCAGCCGGAUAGUCCAUCAGUCAGUCAGUCAGUCAGUCAGUCAGAGCCUUGGGGCCUGUCUUGGGGUCUGUCUUGCUGGGACGCACGGCACAAGUUGAAACCGCCUGACACCAGGGCUGCACAGCUUGUUACAGACCCUGCUCGCGCGUUUCCUCAUUCUUCCGACCCUGUCCUGCCCUGCACCCGUCCAAUUUGCAAGACGUUGUCACUCUGCCGAGUACUCCGUACUUCGUACCUUCGAUGGCGUUGUCCAUGGCCUUAAAAGGAGUAUUCGUCUCCGCCCGACGGCUGCCGUUGUCCCCAGCUGUCCGUCGUCGCGUGGUCCCAUUCUCCGCUAAUCAAGCCCCCUCCUACUCGCGUGCUGCAUCUGCUGCGUCUUCUGCGUCUUCUGCAUCUGCAUCUGGUCCAGCCCGCAUCCGCCGCCUAGGUCGUAUUCAGGCCCGAUCUCCUCUAAAGAUUCUUGAUACCACCACUAAUACCGACAACCUUGCCAACCCUGUUCGUCCAGACCCGUCGCCGCAGCUGGUCAUAUCAUCCUACCCUGCGUACCCUGCGUACCCGCUCUGUACCCGACUGCUCCAUCAGUCCUCCUCGGAAUCCUCGACCGGCUCGACCCCCAAAGCGGCCACACCCUCAUUCUCACCCUACUCGCCGCUUACAAAAGUUGCCCUCAACUUCGCCUUUUCUACUUUUUUCCUCCUCUCCUCCCUCACACAUACUCUCCUCCGGGCGAUCCCUAUGCCAAUGGCUUCGGUUCCCUACCCUUACUCCUCCUCCAGUUCAGAUAUAUCAACCCCUCGCUCUGCCUCCCCGUCCUCGUCCACUGGCCGCACAUCCCUCACUUCCAUCUCCAAGCGCAUGUCAGCUUCCUCAAGAAGGAUAUCAAUCUUCAACCCAAUGUCUUCCGUCGAUAUCCAAGGCAUCGAAGAGGCCAUGAAGGCCCAGCAGCUCGACCAGCUGCGCGGCUACAGGCAGGACACCUACGGCGAGGUCCAACAAACCCGUCAGACCGAGUACAUCUCAGAGUACCAGGCCACUGGCUACCAGGUCCUCCGGGAACCCCUCUGGAAUAAGGGUCUGGCCUUCUCACCAGAAGACCGUGCCAAGAAGAACCUCACCGGCCUCAUCCCCCACCAGAUCGAGGACCUUGAGAAGGGAUGCCAGCGUGCCCUGCGCAUGAUCCGCUCCCGCCAGACAAACGUAGACAAGUACCUCUACCUGUCGUCGGUCAAGGACCAAAAUGCCGAUCUCUUCUACCGCCUGCUCAUGGACCAUGGCAAGGAGAUGAUGCCGCUCGUGUACACGCCUACUAUUGGUGAUGUCUGCCUGCAGUACUCGACCCUCUACACCCGCCCAGAGGCCUUGUACAUUUCGAUCAAGCAGCGAAAGUCCAUCAAGACCAUCCUGAGGAAUUGGCCCUACCCAAACCCUGAGAUUUGCGUCGUCACUGAUGGCUCGCGUAUCUUGGGUCUCGGUGACCUUGGUUUCAACGGCAUUGGAAUCCCUAUCGGCAAGCUCGCCCUCUACACCGCCGCCGCCGGUAUCCACCCCAGCAAGACCCUGCCAAUCGUGCUGGACUGCGGUACCAACAAUGAGACCAACCUGAAGGAUGAGCUCUACCUUGGUCUCCGCCAGAAGCGCCCCUCCGUCGCUGAGCAGCAGGCUUUUGCCGAUGAGUUCAUGGCCGCCACAAAGGAGGUCUACCCUGACAUGGUUGUCCAGUUCGAGGACUUUGAGUCUGAGAAGGCUUUCAACUACCUCGACCGCUACCGCAACAACUACAAGUGCUUCAACGACGACAUCCAGGGGACUGGUGCUGUCGUCCUGGCCGGAUACAUCGGAGCUGCAAGCCUCUCCGGAGUCCCAUUAGAAGAGCAGCGUCUCGUCUUCAUGGGCGCUGGAUCCGCCGGUGUUGGUGUCGCCAAGCAGCUGGUUGAGUACUACACUCGCCGCGGCCUGUCAGAACAGGCGGCCAAGGACAAGUUCUGGCUUGUCGACACCAAGGGCCUUGUCACCAAGGACCGUGGCGACAGGCUGGCCGAGCACAAGAAGUACUUCGCUCGCACAGACAACAACGGCCACCAGUUCCGCACCCUCGAGGAGGUCAUCGAGUAUGUCAAGCCAUCCGCCCUUGUUGGCCUGACAGCCACCUUCGGCGUCUUCACCGAGAGCGUUGUCCGUGCGCUCAAGGCGUCCGUCGACUCUGGUGGCCUCGGACGCAGGCCCAUCCUGUUCCCUCUCUCCAACCCUCUUACCAAGGCCGAGUGCACAUUCGAGCAGGCCAUCAAUUGGACCGAGGGCAGUGUCAUCUUUGCCUCCGGCUCGCCAUUCAACUCCUACACCGUCAAGACCGCGGACCAUGCUGUCACAUAUCACCCCAACCAGGGCAACAACGUCUACGUCUUCCCCGGUAUCGGUCUGGGUGCCAUCCUCGCAAAGGCAACCAGGGUCACCGACACCAUGAUCUACGAGUCAGCCGCGGCUCUCGCUGGCUCCCUGAACGCCGACGAGAUCCACAAGGGCCUCAUCUACCCACGCAUCGAGCGCGUCCGCGAGGCCAGCGUUAUCGUGGCCCGUGAGGUGAUGAAGGCUGCCAGGCGGGAGGGCGUCAGCGCCUUGCCCGAGGCACAGUGGAAUGAGUGGGAGGAGUGGGGAGACGUGGCACUCACCAAGUACAUCAAGAGCAAGAUCUAUGACCCAAGGGACUGAAGGCGGCCGACCCUUAGGAGACACACAAUUCAUUCUUGCUCUUGGUGGGAAGUGAAGCGCGAGGACCUGUCGGGUACGACACCACCACCAACACAACAAAACAAACGUCGGCGUUUCACCUUCUGAACGCUUUGAAUCCUCUGCCCCUCUCUCAUUCCGAGGUUCAAGGCAACCCCCCCUUUUUCUCCGGUUUCCUGUUCUGUUGCGUUGGCUCUUACAGCGGCCUCAGACACAAAAAAGAUGAUUCCCCCUUGGGAGGCGCCAGGCCGUCUCCCGUGUUUUUCUUGCAUAAUUUUCAAAAGAGUCACCUCCUUAGCUAGUAUCCGCGUUGGGUAUGGAUAGAAUCGGAUGGGAACAGAACAGGGAGCCUACAAUGCUUUCUUUUUCUUUUAUUUUUUAUUCUUUCCGCCGACGAAAGACUGGUAGACUAAAAACAUGGUGUGGUACAGCGGACGGACAUGUGGGGGCCCUCCACCUUUGGGUUCUCUUUUUCCCAUCCAGAUUUGAUGGGGAAAUGAUGAGUGAUGCUUCACACAUACACAUUACACCUGGGAGUUACAAUGGAUUUUGGUUUUCUCGGGGUCACCCACAAACAACAUGACAAGAGGUACUUGGCUGCCUUCUUUGGAUUUUCUCUCGUGAUACUGUGUUUGCUGUGACUGGGUUGUCUUUAAGGUUGUAAGUUGGUGAUUUGAUUCUAAAUGCCUGACUUCUGUAUUGUACCUGAUUGGAAACGUUUACAACCUGGAAGGCUCCAAAAUGCGAGGGCCCACUUGAACCGCGGCUUACGGGAUAACGAAAAGACGUUUUUAGACAAACUUCCUACAAACUAUUCUUAUGUCAAUAUGUAGAGUUGAUUCAGCUGGUUUCGUUUCUGUUCCGUAUAUGUCCGAGGCUAUACAACUCUAGUUCAUACAGUGGUAAACGCUCGAAACCCCAGCACUAAUAAACUUACAAUGCCGACAACAGUGGUCAAAAAA